AUGAGCCAAACAACAGCAGAAUCUACUGAUAGAAAUGUGGAAAUAUGGAAAGUCAAAAAGUUGAUCAAAAGUUUGGAAGCUGCCCGAGGAAACGGAACUUCUAUGAUUUCUCUUAUUAUUCCUCCCAAAGAUCAAAUUUCCCGUGUUGCUAAAAUGUUGGCAGAUGAAUAUGGAACCGCUUCUAACAUUAAAUCUCGAGUUAAUCGAUUGUCAGUAUUAGCAGCAAUCACAUCUACUCAGCAAAGAUUAAAAUUAUAUACAAAAGUUCCAACAAAUGGACUUGUGGUUUAUUGUGGCACCAUUGUUACAGAUGAAGGGAAAGAGAAAAAGGUUAACAUUGACUUUGAACCUUUCAAGCCCAUUAACACAUCAUUAUAUCUUUGCGAUAACAAGUUUCAUACUGAAGCAUUAUCUGAGUUGCUUGAAUCAGAUAAUAAAUUUGGAUUUAUUGUGAUGGAUGGUAAUGGUGCUUUGUUUGGUACAUUGAGCGGUAAUACACGGGAGGUGAUUCACAAGUUCGCAGUUGAAUUGCCAAAAAAACAUGGUAGAGGAGGUCAAUCUGCGCUUCGUUUUGCCCGUCUUCGAGAAGAAAAACGACACAAUUACGUUAGAAAAGUUGCAGAACUGGCGGUUCAGUUUUUUAUUACAAAUGAUAAAGUUAAUGUUACAGGACUUAUUCUUGCUGGUUCGGCAGACUUUAAAACUGAAUUAUCUCAAUCAGAUAUGUUUGAUAAUCGUCUUCAAACUAAAGUUAUUAAAUUGGUUGAUGUUUCAUAUGGAGGUGAAAAUGGUUUUAAUCAGGCAAUUGAACUUGCAGCCGAAAGCUUGGCUAAUGUUAAAUUUAUUCAGGAAAAGAAACUUAUUUCAAAGUAUUUUGAUGAAAUUUCUCAAGAUACUGGAAAAUUCUGUUUUGGCGUGGAUGACACCUUGAAAGCUGCAUUUAUUAUUCAUAUGACCAAAGAACAAGAAAAAGAACGCUCACUUUUCCUUGAUAAAGAAACAGGGGUUGAAAUGGAAGUUGUGGAGAGAACGCCACUUUUGGAAUGGUUUGCUGAUCAUUACAAGGACUAUGGUGCGACUUUAGAAUUUGUAACCAAUCGUUCUCAAGAAGGUUCACAAUUUGUUAAAGGAUUUGGUGGAAUUGGUGGACUGCUCCGUUAUAAAGUUGAUUUUGAAACUUUGAAUUACAAUAGUGAAGAUGAUGGUUUCUUUUCUGGUUAG